AUGGAGUCUGAAAGUCUAGAUUCUCCGCCUGCAUCUCCAAUUGCCGACAAUGGGAAAAACAAUCUUCAGCCUUUCUUUGUUCUGCACAAGGCAUUGCCUCGAAAAGGAAGUAGAAAAACUUCUGAAACUGGAAAGACCGGGAGCAAGUUAGCAUCCCUAUCUUCUCCUAAAGCUGCAGACAAAUCAGAGGAAACCAAGCAAGUGGGAGAAGAUGAUUAUGACGAGGUGCGUCUUGAGGCAUUUGAUUUUGUUUGGUCGAAGAUUGAUAGAACUAUCAAAGAUGUUUUGUUGAACAUCAAUAUCAGUGUACUUGAUGUGAUUCACCAAUGGGUUUGCGAGUCUUUCUCUUCAAUCAAAUCAGCUGGAACCCCUGGUGGCCUACAUUCAUACCCUCCACUGACAGAUAUCACAUGCAAACAGAUUUUUACUGGUCUUGUGAUGACGAAAAAUGUGGUGUUGGUUGAUGAUUUGCUGACAUUUAAAGAACUCGCCAUGCAUUUGAAAUCUCAUGAUUUUCACGUGGUUACUCUUUCAUCAAUGGACUUCACUGCCAAGAGCGGAAUUGGCGGGUGUCUUAGAAGCCUGCAGAGGCAGUUGAUUAAGUUUACUCCAGAUACAGCCGAUAUAAGUAUCUUAGCGUCAUGGUAUUCUGAACCAGAAAACAAGGGAUAUCCCAUAGUUGUGAUCAUUGAUGAUAUGGAAAGAUGCAACGGGUGUGUUUUAUCUGAGUUCAUCUUAAUUUUGAGAGAGUGGGUGAUAAAGAUUCCAGUCAUCUUAACAAUGGGAGUUGCAACAACCAUCGAUGCUCCUAAGAAGUUACUUACAUCCAAUGCACUGCAAUACCUCUCGCCAUGUAAGUUCACUUUAGGUUCCCCAUCUGAGAGAAUGGAUUCAAUCAUGGAGGCUCUUCUUGUCAAAUUUUGCACGGGGUUUGACAUUGGCCAUAAGGUGGCUGUUUUUCUGAGAAAUUACUUUUUAAGGCAAGAUGGAACAGUUACAUCUUUCAUUAGGGCUCUAAAGAUUGCCUGCUCUAAACAUUUCUUAAUGGAACCUCUAAGUUUCUUAUGUGAAGGCUUCUUAAGUGAAGAUAGUCAUAGUUUCCGGAUGGAAAUGUGUGAAUCGCUGCCCGAAGAAAUGCACAAGUGUGCUUUUGAUCUUCCAUCUUAUAAACUUAUAGAUGACUUCUCAUGUAUGAGCACUGAAACUUUGGUUUCUGGUUUAUCACCGGUGAAGAGCUUGCGGAAAGACUGGAGUGAUGUGGUUUUGUGCUUGUUUGAAGCUGGGAAGUUUCACAUGAUAAAACUAUUUGAUAUUUUUUGUGAGGCGCUUGAUCCAAAUCGUUAG